GCGCUGGCAAUACCUGGUGGCUGAUGUGCAGGAAUCAUUUUUACGGGGGUUUGUUUUGUAGUAGCGGAUUUUUUGUUUCAAUUCGGUUGGUGUUAAUCGCCCUUAGUUAGAUAAUAUUUAUAGUUUCAACAGAGAUCAACAGUGUCCCAAUCAGGAACCAAUUUCCGCCAGCAGCAGCAGCAGCAGCAGCAUCAGCGACACAAUGCAACGCACCCGACCGUCGACAAACGUGACGCUCUACGUCUGCAUCGUGGUCCUCCUGUUGGUCUCGAUUGCAAUUGACGAUGUGGAGGCAAGACGUGGCCGUGCUCGAGGCCGCACGAAAUCUAGGAUGCAAAUCGGUCUACCAAUAACGGGCAAAUAUCGCGAUCCGGAGUCUGAUCAGUACUACAACAACAACAACGGGGCCAAAAUUACGCUUGCAUCACACUUUGACUAUGAAUACGUGCUGGGCCACAAGAUUGCCUUCCUGUGCGUUGCCCGCGGUACACCCCGGCCGACCAUUACCUGGUUUAAGGACGGUGUUGAAAUAUUCAGCCAUCUUUAUCUGCAUGUCCACGAGUGGUACAUUGGCAAGGAUAAGGUAAAAUCGAAGAUCGAGAUCGAUCCCGCCACGCAGAUGGAUGCGGGCGUGUACGAGUGUACGGCCGACAACAUGUACUCGAUCGACCGGAGGAGCUUCAAGACCGAUUUCUCGAUCGCGUUCGAUUAGUCGGCUGCUGCGGCAAGGCUGCAAUCGCAGAUACACCUCCCCCCACAACACAUCACUAGCUGUUAAACUUCUUACUAAAGAAGGGUAGACUAAAUAAAGGAAGAUACUACGUUGAUAUAUACAUA